AUGGAUGGUGACAGAGUAUCUAUGAGAGGAUUUUUGGUCCAGGGUACGGCUACUUUGGCAAUAUCGUACCUCACAACGCUAACCGGCUUGGUCUUCUCCUGGCCCUCCUACAAUGUGGCCAACUUUAUGUCCAAUGACACCGUGCUAUCAGCUCCUAUGUCUUCCGUGGACGUGUCACUGCUGGGCAGCCUGACCAAUGUAGGAGCCAUGGUUGCUACACCAUUCUCCGGGUACAUUGUGAACAGGCUUGGACGGAAGUAUAGUGCUAUGCUAUUUGGAUUACCUUUUGUGCUCUCAUGGACAAUCAUAUCGUUAUCCACAUCGAUACCAAUGCUGCUUCUAGCGAUGACAUUAGCUGGUUUAGGAACAGCAGGACAAACAGUAUCUUCAAUAUACAUAUCAGAAAUAUCACAGGAUUCCAUUCGGGGAGCCUUGAUGUCUACCGUGGUAUCUUCAUAUUUUAUGGGAGUGCUGAUAUCGUAUAUAUUCGGAGGAUACUUGGAUUAUAAUCUGAUAGUAUACCUUUUUUUGUCCAUGUCAGUUCUGUAUAUACUGAUGGUGGCUGUUUUGAAGGAGUCUCCUGUGUUUCUGAUGCAGAGGGGGAAAGAGAAGGAAGCCGCAGAGUCUAUAGCAUUCUAUCGUCAAGUGAAAUCGACAUCCAAAGAAGUAGAAGUUGAAAUAUCUAAAAUUAAACUUCUACUAGACCCGAGACUGGAGAAGAUAUUAGAAGGAGACGCAGAUCCAGCGAUUACGAAAGAGCUGAUUAACUCCACGCCGCCGGUGCAAAAGUUGUCAGAAUGGCAGUUCUUGAAACAAUCACAAACUUCAAUCCGAGCACUAAUGACAAGUCUAGCAUGUAUGGCAACAAUGAUAUUGAUGGGGAACAUUGCGUUUCAAGUAUACGCAGAGACAUUGUUCAGGGAAGCAGUGCCGUCAAUGGACUCCAACCAAUGUUCUAUCUUCUUAGCGAUAGAUCUGUUGCUAGCGAGCGUACUGUGCACGUUUGCUAUUGAUAAAUUUGGGAGGAAGCCCUUGAUGAUCAGUACAUCAGUGCUCGCCAGUGUCUGCACAAUGCUGCUCGGUACGCAAAUCCAAUGGCACUGGGCUCCGCACUGGUUCACUGCUCUCAUCAUCUACGUGUACAGCUUCAUCUUCAACUUUGGAGUCGCUGUUAUUCCAUUUGUGUUAAGUGCUGAGCUGUUCUUGCCUGAAGUACGAGGACUAUGUGGCGGCAUCGUGAUGACUUGUGGCUGGGCCAUGAACUUCGUCACUGUCCUCAUCUUCACUCCAGUUGUUGAAGAAGUCGGGUUCGCUCCUCUAUUCUACGCUUUCUCCGUAGUAGGAUUUGUUGGGGCUGCCUACUGUGUCUUCUAUCUUCCUGAGACCAAAGGACUGUCAAUAGAUGCCAUCCAAGCUUUAUUUGUUAAGAAAACUAAGAGGAAAAUUGAUGCUUGA